UAUUCUUUCCUCAGCCCAACCUCAGCCAGGCCAAGAAGUAUCGGAAUUGCAGGUAACGCCCAUUUAGGAUGCUGCUGCCAGGCUGCUGCCGUUGUAUGACAGCUUCCGCAUUGACGUGCCUCACCGCGCCACGAUACAGCAAGAGUGGCCGAGGCUUCAAGCUUCAAGCUUCAAGUAUGGACGACGAGCAUGAGAGGUACUGGAGUCUAGCAAAAGGCAACGCGGGAGAAUAUUAUGAAGUCGCAUGCAGAGACGCUACGAGGUUCAAAGGCCUUUCCGACUCGCACAGUGCUGCAGCUCGACUCUAUGCGCUCCCACUUGCAAGGAGCCCAGGUCGGGGAUCGCUUCGUGUCUCAGUGGGGAUCCGGCCUACGGGCGAUACUGGUGUGCUACAAGAUGCCACCCUGCUCGGUACUUGCCUUCUUGAACAUUCCUUCAAGCAGAACAACGAAAAGUUAGAAGCGAUAAGUUGUGCAGCAACUCCGAGUCAACAUCUUCUGCAUCGAAGCCUUACAACCAUCUAGUCAUGUAAAGACACGCAUGACCAUACACGCGCAGUUAGCGUCACACUGCCUUCAUUCAUGAAUAGACGAAAGAGUAGGAUACACAUGGUC